AUGGCCAACGGACAGAAUAAUCCAAUUAUUCAAGUGAACGAAGAAGCAGUGGUUAAUGAAGGAAACAUGCUAGUUGGGGACUUUAUGACUCCACAAAUUAUUCAAAGCCAAUCUAGCAUCGUUUAUCCUCUGUUUGGACAACCAAAUUUUCAGCUGAAGACCAAUGUCAUUCAUUUAUUCCAAAAUGGACAUCAAUUUUAUGGCAGGUCUGAUGAAAAUCCACAUAUACAUGUCUCUCAAUUUUUGGAGAUGUGUCAACACUUUAAAUAUCAAGGGAUUUCAGAUGAUGCAAUCAAAUUGAGAUUAUUUCCACAUACUCUACGGGAUAGAGCGCUUGAAUGGUUAGAUUCACAGCCUAUUGCUAGUAUCACCACUUGGAAUGACUUGGCUAAAAAAUUUUGCACCAAAUUCUUCCCACCGGCUAAGAUUACGAAAUUGAAGCAUGACAUAUCCAUAUUUGGGCAGGGAGAAACCGAAUCCUUUGAAGCUUGGAAUAGAUUCAAGAACAUGCUUUGGAAGUGCCCUCAUCAUGGCAUCAACAAAGGGCUUCAGGUCCAAUAUUUUUAUGCAGGUCUACUUCCAUCUUAUAAAAGCUUGGUGGACUCAUCAUCUAAUGGCUCCUUAUCCACAAAGACAAUUGAUGAAGCUUUGGAGUUGUUUGAGAGUGUGGCUACUACCACAGCCAUGUGGGCCUCUAAGCGUGUUGUUUACAAGAAAGUACCAGAAGUUUAUGAGGUGGAUACGUAUACAGCGUUGUCUGCAAAAAUUGACUCUUUGGUUCAUAAGGUAGAGAGCAUGUCACAGUCAGCUAAUGUAGUACAGGCUAAAAGAGCAAGUUGUGAAGAAUGUGGGGUGGAUCACAGUACAUUGGAGGAAGCACCCGAAUUUUCCUGGAGUAAUCAGAAUCUCACUGCACCACAUGGUUCUCAGUUUCAGCAAGCAGAGAAGAGAACUUCCUUGGAAGAGAUGUUUGGUAAAUUCAUGGAAAAGACAGAUCAGUACAUGAAUGCGAAUAAUCAAUUUAUGAGGAAGAUUGAGACAACUAUCCAGAAUCAAAGUGCUGUAAUUAAAAACUUGGAGACUCAGAUGGGACAGAUGGCAGAAGUUAUAUCGGGCAGAGCACCAUGUACAUUGCCAAGCAAUACAGAGGUUAAUCCGAAAGAACACGUCAAAGCAAUUACUACUAGAAGUGGGGUCCAAUUACCUGAGUUCCAUGUUAAGAGGCCAACUGCAAAUAAGGAAAAAGUACCCUCUACUGAUGAAGAGCAUGCAGAACAGACUGAACAAACAACAGAUACAUCUAUCAAAGAGAGUUCAAAUACACUGCAAGUUAAGGAAGCUGCUCCUAUUAAACCAUACGAGUCGCCAAUUCCAUUUCCUCAGAGGUUGCAAAACACAAGUUAG